UCAAACCAGACCAGUUCAGACCAGACCAGACCAGACCAGACCAGACCAGUUCAGACCAGACCAGAUCAGACCAGACCAGCAAAUUACGGUCCAAGUAAAAACAUCCUAAGAAACAACAUCAAUCAUUAAGUUAUGAAGGGUAAGGAUGUUAAAGAAGAAGAAAUUACCAAAUUACGGGAAUCUCCCGUCUGACAAGCCAAAAUACGGGAGUUCCGUUUAGGUUACCAAAUUACGGUAGUCGGAAUUGGCAAUUCCGACUGGAGGAGAAGUCCAAUCCGACUAGAGGUAAGUGCCAAUUUAAUUAAAAAAAACCUAGUCGGAAUUGGGGAAUCCGACUAGGGUAUUUUUGAUUUUUUUUUUAAAACAAUGGAUUAAAGCGGAUAAAAUUUAUUAAAAACCUAGUCGGAAUUGGGAAAUCCGACUAGGGUAUUUUGAUAUAUUUUUUAAAAAAUGACGUGUUUAAUUGUGGUUCGAACAUUUUACCAACCAACUCGUAUAUUUGGGAGUUUUGUUUUCAUUUUAUUGUUUGCACUACGUGUUUUAUUUGUAUUCCUUUAUUCUACCAACUGCAUUUAUAUGGUUACCGUACGUACCCCAAUAGCUCCUAUAAAAUGAGUUCAUUUCUUUUCAAAAUUUUCACUCCAAAAAAUAACCCUUCUUUCUCUCUUGAUAUAUUUAUUACAUUUUCUGUUUAGGCAUUCUUCUCUCAUAUAAAAAUGUCUAGUGAGGGAAAUAUUGUUGUUAUGGUUCAUUGGAAUCAGGGGCGGAUCAUAGUGAGGGCAGAGGUGGGCUUCAGCCCAGCCCAAUUUUUUUAUUUUUAUUAAUAUAGGUAUAGCUUCAAUUAUUAGCCCACCCCAAAAUUUAUGUCCAGCCCACCCCAACCCAAGCCUACCAGACCUGCGGCCUUCCGAAUGCGAACUGGCCGAACUGCGCGAGAUUUGCGAAGAACAAAUGUCUAAGAGAUGAAGACAUGCGGCCAGAAGCCGCGCCGCCUUCCACGUGUCAAGGGCCCUGUGCCGCUGCGUCGGCCGUCUUCCCUGUCCAGCUCUGAGCUUUCCUAUCUGAAUUGAGCAAUUGGCGAAUUUGAUUCUGCGGUGAUGCCUCCAGCUCCAGUCUCCAGGUGAGAAGAGCUGAGCCAGUUGGAUCAAGAAUCCCCACUUAAUCCCAAGCAAGAGCACCUACUAGCAAAUCAAAAUUUGUGAUCUGCCAAAUUUCCAGGAAUUUCAAAUGGAGCAAAACAUUCCGCGCCCAGGGCCUGUUAACCGUUCACUACUCACGUUGCCACUGUGUGCCCAUCUUGCGGACCGUAUAUGGUAUGAACCGAAUUCCAAAGACUCGUGCUUGAAAUGCGUCAGUUGCCCUUCAGCUGCAUUCGGAGUUGAAGAGCGAGAUCCAAGAGUGAUAGGUAUGUUAGCAUAUGCUGGCUUCUUGGGGGUAGAGCACAUUGCUCGUAUGAAGGUGGAUCAUAGUUUAAUAUGCGCUUUGGUGGAGAGAUGGAGGCCGGAGACACAUACUUUCCAUCUUCCAUUCGGUGAGGUCGGCAUUAGUCUACAAGAUGUGGCGAUGAUCCUUGGUUUGCCCAUUCGGGGUAUGCCCCUCAGUGGUCCAACCGUUAAGGGUAAGGCUCAGUGGAUCGACCUGUGCACGCAGUCGUGUGGUUUCACUCCUCUAGAGACUGAUAUGCGCACGAGUGAUAUCACCAUGAGUGCUCUUACCCGUCACCAGAUCCUACCUGACAGUACAGACGAAGAGGUCACCGAACACACCAGAACCCUAUUAUGGCAAUUGCUUGGAGGCCUUUUGUUCCCUGACACGAGUGGGACAAGAAUACGAUUAUACUUUUUGGAGGUCUUGCAGGGUGACUUGGCUUUAGCCUGUCGAUGGAGUUGGGGAUCAGCGGUUCUCGGGUACUUCUACCAUAACUUGUGCAACGGCGCCAAGUGGGAAACCAAACAAGUUGGCGGUUGUAUGCACUUGUUACAGAUUUGGGCUUGGUCGAGGAUUUCGAUGGUCCGUCCCUCAGUAGUUCAGGUCAUUCAACAUGACCAUCUUCCAUAUGGGUGCAGGUGGAUCGUCCCCAAGUCAUAUAAGGGAUCCCCAAGACACUGCACACGCCUGUACCGGGAUGACCUAGACCGAAUGAGUGAGAGUCAGUUUGAUUUCACUCCCUACGCGUCCGAGGAACUCCCACCUAUCAUCCUUAAUGACGCUCCGCUUUGGUCGGCUAGGGUCAUGCUCAUAUUUUGCAAUAUGGCCGAAAUGCAUUACCCCGAUCGAUUUCUUCGGCAGUUCCAUAUAAGGCAAGAUACUCCGGAUGCUCCUUUGGCGGGUACUGAUCAUCACGGCAAUCGUUCCAACAUAGUAACCGGUGCCUUGGCGUUGUGGGCGGACAUACAACAUAAUAUAUACUUUCUUGAUUAUGAUCGACAUAUGUCCGUCGAAGCAACUAAGAGGUACCGAAAAUGGUACCAGAAGCAUGGUAUGACACGUGUCCAGAACCCUUCUCACAAUGUGCCCACGACAGGCAACAUCCGACAUCACACGAUUGGGGUAUUGUGAGGCAGAGCUUUUACGAGCUGAAUCAGCUCUUAGCCGACCGCGCAAGUCAUGAGGACUGUCAAAAACGACUACGGCGGAUGGCCCUGGACGUAGGUGAUGAAGAGAUGCUCCGCCGGGGCAUAUUCCAUUAUGAAGAUGAAGAUGAAAGUGGAAGUGACGAAGAGGAUGAUGCAGAUGAACAUGAAGGUGGGGGUGAGCACUCACAAUCGCCCCCUCAAUUUUCAACACGUGAGGGUGUCUCAUUUGAUCAACCACCCCCUCAAUUCUCAACGCAUCAAGGUGUCUCAUUUGAUCAACCACCGCCGUAUUAUGAUUCUUAUCAGUACUCCACACAAGCGGUUGAUUAUGUUGAUUCAUUUAUGGAUCCGUCGUCGUUUUACUAUGGAGACACAAUGGGGCCUUGGAACACUAGCGGUGGGGACGGAGCAGGGCCGAG